AUGAAAGCAGACGUCGCGAUCUCCGACUUCGUGGUGAAGUGCGACGAGGAGAGUGUUCAGCUGCCAGAGAACCCGUGGCAGGCGUUGCGAGAGGUUAUUGCAGCCCUACGACGCACUCGGCACCAUACGAUGGGGUACCUGCAAGUGGCCAAGGCACUUGAGCAGCUCAAGAGCAAUGUCACUGGUCGUGAGGGGGCUGAGGGGGCAGUUCCAGUCGCAGUAAGGCCAUCGGCUCGUCGAGUGCGACGCCAACAGCGCACGUUUGGGCACGAAGUGUUCGAGAACGAACAGGACAUGUCGAUUACUGACAGCGCUAUUGCUGUUGCUGGUGGUGACGUACGUGCACUCGGUCAAUCGAUGGACAGUGAUGCUAUGGGUCCCGUGGCGAGCAGAAAGAAGCGGCAGAAGGAGGCGAAGAAGAGCCGCACCCAGGAAGACGUGGAGGCCGCACCUGCUUUGCGAGUGGAGAAUCAAGCUCUCGUGGAUCAGCUCGUGCAGCUGGGCGAGUUUGAGAUGCAUCAUGGCCAUGCGCAGCGAGGCAUUUCGCGCAUGCGGGCGGCAAAGUCGAUUCGGGACUCGGAGAUGGUGGUCACGUCUGGGGCUCAAGCGAAACAGCUCGAUAGCGUCGGUGCUGCGCUGGCCACGAAGAUCAAUCAGUUGUUGGAUGUAGGACUAGAGGCAGCUCUGGGCGAGUACGAAGGAGACGGCGAGGCUUGGCAGGUGUUAAAAUGA